GAUUAUCAGGUAAAUAUGCGUUUAAAUCGAAGGGUUCGAUGAUUUUUAACAUCAUUUUCUUGUUUUUAGCAAUGGAUACUGUAAUGUUGGCUGUCUUUGCAGAGCAGGAAGAGCUGCGCUCUUUGAGAAGGCAUCGGUCUAAUUUGCGUAAUACUACCGAUAUUAUGGAGCUGCCGGAUGCAGAAUUCAUCAAAAACUUCCGGUUGAACAAGGAAGCAUUUCUGUACAUCCUUGGCGAAAUUACUGACGAAUUUCCCCCUCAAAGGCAAGGAGCCCUUUCCGUGAAGGAGAAACUCGCAGCUUGUCUUCGUUUCUUUGCCGAAGGCAGCUAUCAGCAUGGAACCGGAAAAGACUUUGAUGUCGCAGUAGCUCAGCCAACGUUUUCAAAGAUCCUUUCAGAAAUUCUUACUGUUUUCGAGAGGAAAAUUUGUCCUCAGUGGAUAAACAUACGCAUGUCAAAUGAAGAAAUGUGUCGAGCAAAACGAUUUUUCUAUGAGAAAUCUGGUAUCCCUGGCGUGAUCAUGUGUGUUGAUGGAACACAUAUAAAAAUUAUUCCUCCGAAUGUAAACCGCAACCUUUUGACGUAG